AAAACCGAAUACUCAAAACACACAGCACAGAGCACAUCAGCACACUGCAAAUGGAUCCUCUAACGGCUCUCCGGGAGAUGACGAUGAGAAACGAGCUCGACAAAAUCGUCCGAUUCGACAACGAGUACCGAUUCGGCUCUUCCUACUCGUUCCCCUGCACAAUCGAAACGGCCUACAGAUCAAAACAAGGUAAUCUCUACACUCUCGAAACCCUAGUUUACUUCAUUAAGAAUGUCAACAUCAAGCACCACGAUUACAUCCGUUACGCCGGCACACAGAAGAUCCCUGCAGUCACUCUCCUCGAUCGCAAACCCUUAAUUGAGUACCUGCAAGGUAGGAUUUCAUCCACUGACGCUAUCGAGUUCCUCCCGCCUCCACCUCAACAUCAAAACUUUGAGAAUCAUGAUUACCGUAUUGGCGAUUACCCUAAUUUAAACGUGGUACCUGGUGACGAAUUGGAUGUUGAUAAUCAGGAACCUAGGGUUGCGGCUAUCGAAAACCCCAUGGACAUGCUUAGAGCAAUCGAAAGACCAUUAAAGGAUCGUGAAACGAUAUUGGAGUGUAGACAUAGGGAUUUCUACAGCGUGCUUACAGCUGCAACAAAGAGAGACGAGGAAAGACAGAGAUUAGAAUCGCAACAGAGGAAAGAUGGUUUGGUAGCUAAGAACAGGAUCGAUAGAGGGUUUGGAGAGGAUUUAGGGUUAGGGUUAGAUGGGACUCCGAGGCCAAAAAUGAAGGGGAGCAACAUUGGUGAUGGGGUCCCGAUUAUAUUGGUUCCAAGUGCUUCACAGACACUGAUCACUAUCUAUAAUGUGAAAGAAUUUUUAGAAGAUGGAGUGUUUAUACCUACUGAUGUGAAGAUGAAGCAGAUGAAGGGUCCAAAACCAGAAUGUGUAACAGUUUUGAAGAAGUUUAGUAGUAGGGAUAGAGUGGUGACAGCUUAUGAGGUGAGAGAUAAACCUUCUGCAUUGAAGGCUGAAGAAUGGGGCCGAGUAGUGGCUGUUUUCGUGUUAGGGAAAGAGUGGCAGUUUAAAGAUUGGCCAUUUAAAGAUCAUGUUGAGAUCUUCAUCAAAAUUCUUGGAUUUUACAUGCGUUUUGAGGAUGAUAGUGUUGAGUCUGCAAAGAUUGUAAAGCAAUGGAAUGUGAAAAUUAUAUCGAUAAGCAAGAACAAGAGGCAUCAGGAUAGAGCUGCUGCACUUGAUGUUUGGGACAGAUUAGAAGAAUUUGUGCGCUCAAGAUCGCGUUCUUGAGGAGUAUGAUUAUUGAUGAAUGAUAAGAUAUUACCCAUUAGCUAUUUGAAUUUAGAAAGAUGGUGUCUCUAUUACUUGUCUCACGCCUGUAGACGUUAAAAAACAAAAAAAAAAAACUUAUCUUCUUCUGCAGACGUGGUUUGUAGACUGCAUUUGUUUUUCCUCUUAAAAAACAUACAAUUAUUUGUCCGACUGCAAUGGUCUUGUUGAGUGCACUAUCAAAAGAUAUAGACACUUCAUUAUUUGCCUAGUA